AUGACCGUUCCCAGCUUUGAGGGCAAGACGACGCAGAAGGCCGCGGUGUGCCACGGUGCUGUGGACCUGCGUAUUGAGGACAAGCCCAUCCGCGCUCCCGCAGAGGGCGAGGCGCAGGUCGCCAUGGGCGUGACUGGUCUCUGUGGUUCGGACCUCCACUACUACUCGCACGGCGCCAACGGCACGUUCAAGAUCCAGGCGCCCAUGGUGCUCGGCCACGAGUCGUGCGGUAUCAUCACUGCCCUGCCCGCCACCCUGCCUGCCGGCUGCACGCUGCAGGUGGGCGACCGCGUCGCGCUCGAGGUGGGCAUCAACUGCAAGAACUGCAAGUACUGCAAGGAGGGCCGCUACAACCUGUGCAAGAACAUGCGCUUUGCGUCGUCGGCCAAGACGUUCCCCCACCUCGACGGCACGCUGUGCGAGGUCAUGACCCACCCUCUUGACCUGCUGCACAAGCUGCCUCCCGCGCUCGACCUGCCGCUCGCGGCCCUCGCCGAGCCCCUCAGCGUCGUGCUGCACGCGUACCGCCGCGCACACCUUCAGCCUGCCGCGCGCGUGCUCGUGCUCGGCACGGGUGCCGUCGGCCUGCUGGCGUGUGCGCUCGCCAAGGCCUCGGGCGCGACGACCGUUAUCGCCGUCGACAUUGAGCAGGGCAAGCUCGACUUUGCCGCCAAGAUGGGCUGGGUGGACGGCACGUACUGCCUCCCGCGCGGCCCGCGCGUGAGCGGCGCCGAGGCGCUCGAGGCCGCCAAGACCAACUGGGAGGCCCUGCAAAAGGACGCCGUCGUGACCGCCGUCGAGGGCCUCGAGGAGGGCUUUGACGCCGUGUUCGAGUGCACCGGUGUCGAGUCGUGCAUGCAGAUGGCCGCGUUCGCCGCCGCCCCCGGAUCAAAGGUCCUGUACGUCGGCAUGGGCACGCCCGUGCUCGCCCUGCCCGUCGGCGCCGCCAUGCUCCGCGAGGUCGACCUCAUCGGCGUCUUCCGCUACUGCAACACGUACCCGGACGCGCUCGCGCUCCUGGCUUCGGGCAAGCUCGGCGACGUCGGCAAGAUGGUCACCCAGCGCUACCCGCUCGACCGCGCCGUCGAGGCGUUCGAGGACGUCAAGCGCGGCAAGGACAAGGACGGCAACACCGUCAUCAAGGUCAUGGUCGGAAACCUUGACCUCAAGUAG